AGUGGUUGGAAACUCGAUUGUAAUUACUCGAGCUUCGUCGAGAUGGUCAAGGCUCGUAGACAAGGGAUCACUCAGAGUGUGAUCUACUAGAACCUCUCUACCUAGCCACUCCGCUCGAACUAGAUGGUCCUACUGCAGAGAUCUGGUCCAAUCUCUUAAAAGACGGGUUGAAUGUCGUGUAUGGAGCCCAGAACGUGGCAGAUUAAUAUUCUGGUAUGCUUCCCUAGGAUGACCUCGAUGUGUUAUUUCUCUCCCCGUCGAUACGUACUCUUGAUUCUUAUGAUACCAUCUACACUAUGAUGCUUUUCUCUUGCUUGCGUUUGGUACAACGUGUCGGUCGGGUUCCGAGCCGGACUCGUGAGAAGUUUUAUAAAUAUGCGACCUAUCGUGGCAUCGAACAUCUCCCUUACCACUACGAUCACUUCAACGCUUUCUUGCUCAUCGAAUACUGUAACUCAGAUGUUGUCGAACAUGGCUACCUUCCUUGAUAUAUGCUUCACGUGUGAAUCUUUCAUGGCACGAAGAAUUUCCGGUGAUCCACGCACGCAUCGUAUCUCAGAACUACUCCGAUGCAACGAUGUUCCUUCGGAUGGCGAGCUGUCCGAUUUCCGGGACAUAAUCCAGCAGGGACCUGGGCGUAUCGCGAAUCUUGAUCAGAAGAUCGCGCACACCAAAGAGCUCCUCGAGGCUCUUAUCAAUCAUCGUAGUGUUGUGGAGGCAGAUAUCGAGGAUGCCAAAGUACUCUCUUCUCCAGUACGAAGACUUCCCCCUGACGUUCUCCGCUCCAUCGCUCUUGAGACCAUCCCUUCCCCUUCAGAGAUCAUGUCCUCAAACAUAUAUUUCUACAACAGUCUAGAUAGAACGAGAUCUCCAUGGACAUUAUCUCAAGUCUGCCGGAGCUGGAGAAUGACCAUUAUCAGCUCGCCGGAGCUGUGGUCAUCGAUAUCUCUCGAUAUCACGUACGAUCUCAGUACUUCUUUGGCAUCUAUUCGCAGCCCAAUGUUCAUGGUUGAACUCCAUCUUGAAAGAUCGCGGAAUGCGCCUCUCACCUUAUCGCUUCUCAGUAACAUGAACAAUGCGGAUCAUCCUUUUCUUUCCCUCAUUUCGACCCGCGCCUCGUCUAUUAAAAACCUUUACCUUUUAUCCAAUCCUCUUUGUUCACUGCAAGGCCUUUCCCGCUGUCGGGGGAGUUGGAAUAGGUUGCAUCAUUUAAAAAUCGAAUCGAUCAAUGUUAGGUGGCCUAUGGAGCAGAUAUUUGAUACAUUCGAGUAUGCACCAAAUUUGCGAGUAUUCGAAGCGGAUAUUCCACACCUACAAGCCAUUCCCCUGGUUCCCUGGGUCCAGCUUACCCAUUUGACGGUUAAACGUAGCAAUAUGGAAGCUUCUGAUAUUCAUCGCUUGUUUGAGCUUCUUCGACAAGCGAAGAAUAUCACGAGUCUGGAAAUUCAGGGUAUGGCGCCCAGGAUGCCAGAGGAAUCCGAAGCUAUCUCUCUUCCCCAUCUCACUUCCUUGAAACUCGACAAUAACAGCGCGAUUCUCCCUUCGCUUUCCACCCCGAACCUCGUGGUCCUAAGUCUUAUCUAUAACGGAGUUCCCUUGUUUCCCCAGCUGAAAAUUCCCAAUGCGAUUAGAACACUAGAAAUAAUACGUCGUAGGCCUGAAAUUUCUUGGAGGUCUAUGAGAUCGGAGGCAUGCGCCUUGCCCAGACUGUCCUCGCUGAUGAACUCGGUCCCUCGUCUUCGCCAUCUAGUCUUCAAGUCUGCCGCGGCGCUAUCAGGGAGUGAUAUAUCUGCCCUCCUCCCAUCUCCAGCACAAACUACUCUACCUCGUCUCAAAACGCUCGACCUUCGUGGCUGCGCAUUCAAAUUCGAUCAUGCCAUUUUCGUUCAUAUGGUCAAUAUUCGCCGGCAAGGAAAUAACCCAGAUAUUGAUCGCCUGGAGACCGUAUACUUGGGUGCUCCCCUCUCACUUAAUGAAAUCUACAGUCGAAGGUGGCGGUCCCUUUGUGACGAAGGACUGAAUGUCGUGUACGGGAGGUUAUGAUAUGGAUUGCGGAAGGAUGUCCUUCACCUUGACUCCGAGUCUCCCGGUCUGUAGCCAUCGCGUUAUCUGAAUUUUGCUAGAUUUUUUAUGCAUAUGACCGCAUAGUGUCACGUAUCUGCUCCUCCUUGAAUGCUGCACAUGGAGAACGCGAUGCGGGGAGGACUGACGGACUUGGACUUUUAUAUCAUCGACUGGUACUCCUCUGCAUGAACAGGUCGUUCACUCCUUUUGGCUACGUUUGUUGACUUCAAACAACCGAUACACUAAACGUAUAUGAAUAU